AAGAGACAGUCUCUGGCUGCUGACAUGAGUUCUGCUUGCCCCAGCCUCUGCAAGAACACCUGUGUUCCCUGAGUGCAGCAUUCGUGCAGGACACUCGCUUCUUCGCUGAAUCAACAUGAAUGUGAUUGUGGAUACCAUCAUAUUUUUGGGAAAAUUUCUAUACUACUUUUUAGAAUCUUUAGUUUACAAGAUAAUUCCCAAGAACAAAAAGAAAGUCUCUGGAGAGAUUGUACUUAUCACAGGAGCUGGAAGUGGACUUGGGAGGCUCUUAGCCAUACAUUUUGCCAAGCUUGGGGCCAUUUUAGUUCUCUGGGACAUUAAUCAAGAAGGUAAUAUGGAAACAUUCAGACUGGUCAAAGAAACAGGUGAUGUGAAAGUCUUUGCUUAUAAGUGUGACUGUAGCAACAGACAAGAGGUCUACAGAGUUGCUGGUCAGGUCAGAAAAGAAGUUGGUGAUGUGACCAUUCUUAUUAACAACGCUGGCAUCGUAACAGGAAAGCCCUUUCUGGACAUUCCAGAUCACCUAGUGGAAAAAUCGUUCCUUGUCAAUGCCUUCGCUCAUUUCUGGACUUGCAAGGCUUUCCUUCCUGCCAUGAUUAAACUCAACCGUGGACACUUGGUCUGUAUUUCUAGUGUUGCAGGGUUAGUUGGUAUCAAGGGACUCUCAGAUUAUUCUGCAAGCAAAUUUGCAGCAUUAGGCUUUGCUGAGUCUCUCUUUCUGGAAUUAACUAUGCAAAAAAAAACUGAAAUUAAAACCACCAUUGUCUGCCCGUAUCUCAUGAAAACUGGGAUGUUUGAUGGCUGCACAUCCAAGUAUUCAUUUCUGUUACCCUCAUUGGAACCAGAAUAUGUGGCCAAAAAAGUUUUAGAUGCCAUCUUAGAAGAACGAGUUUACAUAAUCAUACCCAAAUUUGCAUAUGUUGCCUUGAUCCUUAAACAUCUGGCCACCCGCCAGCGCCCUCACCACUCCUGCCAGCAACCACCCACCGCCUCCCAGGUGGAUACUAAGACCACACCCACGCCCACAAACCUUACCUCCGCCCUCCCGGAAGGAAAACUGUUGACUCUGGAUCCCAAGAGGAGACAUUAG